AUGUUUUCUAUACUACGUACUGGUAUAUCCUCUACUCUGCGAGUCUCUCCUAGCUGUACACUUUUAGCUAACAAUCUUCUCAAACAAUCUACAUCAACAAUAUUCCGUCCUCAAUGCCAGCAUACUUUAUUAAACUUAAUUUCUGCUUCUAGAUCAUUUAGUGUAGUACAACCCUGCUUGUUUAAAGUGCGUUCUGCUGUUAAGAAGUUUUGUCCUGACUGUUACAUUGUUAGAAGAAAGGGCAAAGUAUAUGUUUAUUGUAAAGGUAACAAGAAGCAUAAACAACGUCAAGGAUAA